UAAAAUUUUAACGAAAUGUCACCAUCAAAAAGACGUAAUAAAAAUAUAAACUACUUUGACUUUUCUUUUUGUGAGCGCAAAUAAACAUGGAGAAUUGUAAUAGUAGUACAUUUUGUUGAAGCACGUCUUUAUAUUAAAGAUAUAAAUGUAUAUUUUUGUUAAUAAAAAGUAGUAAACAUGCCUCGUCACUUGUUUCAAGUUACUGUGAACCUACCUGGAAGUUUUAGGAACAAUAUCAAUAAUAAUGACAUAUUUAAUCCAUAUGUUUUUGUGAGGAACCGUUUAUAUCAUUUUCUGUUUCAUCGAUUUGCGCUGGGGUAUGCCAGAGUAUUUUCUGAAUUCCACAGGCAGCUGAUGGAAUUUUUCAUACUGCUUGCUGCAUUAUUUAGUUUUAUUCUGCUAGUCUACGUACAUGUGGUGUUCGUUCAAUCUCCCAUAACAUGUCUUGAAAAUUACCGAGAUGUGUUUAAAAGAGCUGACAUUCUCCGAGUGGAAGUUUUAUCUGGAAAAGGAAAGCAAAAUUAUACCUUGUUGGAUUCGUACUUUAAAGAAAAAGCCAUUCGAUUGCAAUAUUUUGAAAGCCAGGGUCGUUUCAUUUAUACUGAACAUUUGAAAAGAGAAGAACCUGAAGAAUUUUACCCAUUUGAUGAAGAUGAGGAAAUUGGGUUUAAUGAAAGCAUCAGUGACCCGGAUGCGUUUAAAGCUUUUACCCUCAACUCAGAAACUCUCAGAGCAGAUACCAUUAUAGAUACCCUCAACACAGAUGAUAUUCAAGAAUCACAGCACUUAGAGCCAGAAUUAGAAGUUUCAGUUGAGGAAGAAAGCUAUCAAACCCUAUCAGAAGCAUCAAUUUUAGCAACUGAUCCAAAUAAUGCCUACAUCAUGGAAUUCUCUUUAGAAUAUGGAUAUUUAAGACUGAGACCUGCUAAAAGACAUGAUUUAAAUAUUACUGUUGUGUUUGUAAUUUUAGACCCUGAAGAAGAUGCUUGCUUUGGUGGACCCUUCAAUAUAUUUCUUCUGGACAAUUUCCUUGGAUAUGACCAUUUUUUAUUGCAAAGUAUAAAACAAAUGGCCGAAAAGAAAAGUACAAAAGAAUUGGUGAAUAUCUAUUAUGUAACGAUUCAAAGCCUAAAAGUAUCAGGUUUUGUACGGAAUGCAGUAAUGGAAAUCGAAUAUAUAUUUAUCAAUAAUUGGGUAAAUGAUAGGUCAUUUUUCACUGCUGGAUUCGUAAUGAUUGUAUUUACUCUGACUAUUUCGGCAUUGUUACGACAUUCCCAUCAUCAAAUAUUUGUUGUAGUUGGAUAUUGGAUGCAACAUGUUAUUUCAGCUUUGGAAAGACGAUCAAAUAUCUUUGAUGCCGUCUGGCCACGCAAUUUUAUUCCAACGUCAGGGGCUCCCGUACUUACAGUUAUUUUGGCAUUGGUUGGUAUGGAGGCAGUGAUGUCUGACUUUUUCCAUGAUAGAACAAUUGCUCUUCAUAUUAUUGUUGUAGUCUGGUUUGCUGAUAUAUAUGAUGCUGUUUGUUGUCAGUCACCUCUGUCAAAGAGGCAUUGGUAUAAGUUUUUCUACUUGUAUCACUUUUUGUUUUAUGCCUAUAAUUACAAAUUUCUUGGAGUUUAUUGGCGUUUAUCUCUCACAGUUUCUUGGCUUUUUAUUUUCCACUCGAUGAUCUUUUUCUUUCAUCACUAUGAAUUGCCACGUUUUCUACAUCGGGCUGCAAUGUUUCAAGCAACAAGAAAUGCCAACAACCGCAGAUCAUCGCGGAGUCAUAAUCGCAGAAACCAUUCUUCUCCUAAUAACAACAACAACAACAAUAAUAAUCAAGAGUUAACUAAUGAAUCAACUCCUCUAUCUGAUCGCCCAGAAGUUUCAAGUGACAACCAGCCAAAUGGCAGUGAAAUAAAUCAACCAGAUCAGCAGCAGCCAGCCGAGAAUCUAGUCAAUGAAGAAGUUGUAUCAGCUGCAGGUUAUGAUUCUCUUUCCCAAAGUGAAGCUAAUACUGAAAGCAAAAAUUCCGAAAUGAAGUGCUGCGAUGUUUGUCACUCACUUCAAAAUCAUUCUGAGGUGCACACCUGUUUGAAAGAGAAUCCAACUACUGCUGUAUCAACAGCAGAAGAAAAUUCUGUGGAAUCUAAUGAUGAAAAUGCUGAAUGCCACCAUAAAGAUGAUGAAGUGGAAAGUUUUGAAAAUUUCAGUGGACAUCAAACCUGUGAACACAGUGAAAAUGAAUUUUCUGAUGGAAGAAAUGCUGAAAAAUUCGCUGUAGAAGGUAUAUUUAACGAGUCUAAUAUAGAUGAAAAGGCUGAAAAACCAGAAAAUGUUGUGCAUUCAAGAGAACUGAAUGUUGAUUAAAAAAGCACUUUUAUAUUUGUUUUGCUGUACAUUUAUUUGUUGUAUAUUACUGCUCAAAAACACGAUUUUAAAAUUAUUAAAUUGUAUAUCAUAUGCACAAUUGCAGAUAUUAUAAUUUUGUUUUUAACUUGUAUAUGUAUUGCUUUUUGUGUAAAUAAAUCCUGUGUUUAAAUCAAUUUGCUUUAUGUUGUUAUUCAAAUUGUUGAAUGUUUUUUUUAAAGUUGAUUAUAUGUUGCUUGGAGUAUGCUUCCAUUAUUUUUUAUUUGUUCCUUAGAAGCUGGUAUGUUUGAAAUAAUAUUUGUCUUUCAUAAUUUAUUUUGUUAAAAAUUGUAUUGAUGUUGUGUAUUUAGUGUAUUUAUAAUGUUUUCAGUAUAUUUAAAAAUAUUUUAGCAAAAUUAAAAAAAAAAAAAGUGUGCAUAUAGACUUUUGUAAAUUUUGACUUUGUUGAUAUAUUCUUAUUAACAAUUAAGCAGUGGUAUUAUAAAUUAGAUGUGUUAUUGAGUGUAUUAAUCCAGUGAAAAUUAAUUUACACUCUUCUUAAAUCAUAUACGUAUUUGUAGUUUAUUAUAAUGGAAUAUGUGUGUGAAAACUUGAUAUUGUGUAUGUGGAAAUGCAGCUAAUGUUGUGUUGUAUUCAAGCUGCUGCAAAUGUCAUUUUUAUUUUGUAAAUAGGACAGUUCAACUAUAAUGUUGAACUAUUAUUAUUUUGCUUUCCUAAACAAGUUCACUUGCCAAACUGAUUUAGACGGGUUUUUCUCCAUGCAUUUUUUAUGCUAUACAAAUGAAUUUUAUGCAAAAUGCUAUAAUUGUGUAUAUUUUCCUGAUCUAGUUAUAAGAUUCGCCAAGCAAAUAUUAUCUCGUUUUACUUAAAUCAAGAUGAUUCCCCCACUUAUGAAAACUUUUUCUGUUUUUAAAAUUGAAAGUAUUGUAGAAAAUUAUGCUUGCGAUAUUGCAAAGGUGACAAUGUUUAUCUGUUAUAGAAAAUCAGUUCAUCACUUUUUGUUUCCAGGUUCAAAGAUAAAUCUCCCUUUUUUUUUACAAACCUAAUGACAUUUUAAAUAUAAUGACUUUAACAGAAAAAAAAAUCAAUUAUGUCAUAAAAUAAGAUUUUUUAAGAGAAAUAUUUGUCUUAGUAUAAAUCGCUUUAUUUACUGAGUAAUGAAUGAGAUUGUAUGCUUCCUGCUGAGGCAUUUUUCUUGCAAAAUUCGUGAACAAAUAACUUGAAAUAUGAUAUUCAUAAUUUUCCAUGUUUAAAUCUAAUUAACAAAAUGGCCACACUAAAAUUUUUAAAAGUAUUUCUAAUUUGAUAGUUCAUUUUUUUACCAUCAUUAUUGAUUUAUACUUGAAAAAUAUAAUUAAAAUAGGACACCUUUUCAUAUUUUAGUAUUAAGUUAUUUUCUCAUAUGAAUUUAAAGCCUCGAUGAUGUAGUUGAUUUUUAUUUCUGUUUCUUACAAAUUGAGAAAUUUAUUAUUCCUGUCCAGUGAAAUGUUUUGAAGUACCAUUUUAUAUGAAG